AUGAAAAACAUCGCGAUAUGCUACAGCGAGCACGCAAUCAAAGUCUCGGAUUCUUACUGCUCCGGCGCAUCACACCACACCACCAACACCUCAUCAUCUCUCUCCGCUCCUCCUUCAAUUCAAACCGCCGUCGCCUCAAUUUACAAAGUCAAACUCUCGAACGAGACGCAGUUUCUAAUCAGAAUCAGCUGGUGCACUCCGAAUCCCGCCUUCUCCAUCACCAUCUCCGACCACCCAUUUUCUGCGCCAAAAUUGAGCCGAAACUUCAAAAUUCCCCGCCGCCAAAGGGGGUCGGAGAGUCUCCAGUCCUGCGGAUUGACGGCCGACGUUCUGUGGGACCUCCGCCGCGCGAGGUUCGGGCCAGGGCCCGAACCCGUGUCCGGCUUCUACAUGGCGGUGCUAGUCAACUCGGAGCUGGCGCUGACGCUCGGGGAUAUGGAGCACGAGUUGGAAGAGGUGACGAAAUUGAGCGGGCCAAAAAAAUUCUCGCUGAUAUCGCGGGGGGAGAGGCUCUCGGGCGGCGGCGUUUACGCGGCGAGGGGGAGAUUCAGCGAGGGAGGCGCGUGGCACGAUAUUGUGAUAAGGUUAAGGGGAGGUAUGCUGAGUGUUGAGGUGGAUGGGAAGAGCGUGAUCGAGGUGAAGAGACUGCAGUGGAAUUUUAGGGGGAAUCAGAGCAUAUUUUUGGAUGGAUUGAUGAUCGAUUUGAUGUGGGAUGUGCAUGAUUGGAUGUUAAAGCCUUCCUCUGGUUGUGCGGUUUUCUUGUUUCGGACAAGGACGGGUUCGGACAGCAGGCUCUGGUUGGAGGAUACACAUUUUCACCUUGCCUUCUCAUUUCUCGUUUUCGCAUCCAAGAAUCCAGAUUGA